AUGCCCGGCCACCCCCCACCCCGUCCUGCACCGCGUCUGAGUUUGACUCAUUCUCUCCACAAUUUCCUCAUCCCAUCAGGAUUUCGGUCUUCGGCUGACUUAAGGUCAGUAUGGGACUGGUGCACGCAAACAUACACGCACGUCUACACACCCCAUGCCUGCAGUAUGUGGACGCACGCAGCAAUGAGCUUUGCCGAAUCGGCGAUCAGCGAUGAUUCACUCCGAUCCCCUGUUACGGGGAUUUGUAUUCUACCGACACCAGAUCCCCCUCAAAGUUCAAACGGUAUCACUGUCCCUGUAAAAUCCAAUGAGCAACACAAAUUUAUCCGAUUGACAAGGUCCGCAAAAGUCAUUGAAAGGCUGGCCCGAAUCCCGAACCGCAUUGGGGAUUACGUUUGUCGACUAUGCUCGACCUGGUUCGCCGAUGCAUUCGCUCUGGCCGAACACAUGUGUCCAAGAAUGGCAAAUCUAGCCUAUCCAUGCGAUUUGUGUCCCAAAGUGAGUUCAACAUAA